GCAAAUCCGGCCACCGUAUUUAUUUACACCCUCCCCUGUCCCCGCCUUCCCCACACGGCCACCAGUCAGUCACCUCGACUCGACCUCGCCCACCCACCGCCACCCGGCCAUCACCGGCACCGCACGCGCGCGCACCCAUGCCGACCGGCGACGGCGAGACGCUAGCGGCAGGGACUCCAUCACCAGUGCCGCCGCCGCCGCCGCCGACGACGACGACGACACCGACGGCGACGACAGCCUCUUCCUCCCCAGCGUCGACCCACCGCCACCGACGCCACCGCACCUUCUCGUCGUCCUCGUCGUCCUCGUCCUCGUCGUCCCUCUCCACGGUGUCCUCGGCGGCAUCCUCGCCGUCGCCCUCCCCGCCCGGCCGCGGCACCAGCAGCAGCACCACCUCCGUGCCUUUCUCCUGGGAGCACCACCCGGGCAUCCCCAAGACGACGCGCCUUAUCCCCGCCGGCACGCCCUCCUCCUCCGCGCCCACACCGCUGCCGCUCCCGCCGCCGCUGCGGGCGCCGAUGACGUCGUCGUCAAGGCAGCCGCGCCACCACCACCACCACACCCGGCGCCGGCGCGCCAGCGGCAAGCAGCGGCCGACGGCGGACCCCUUCGCCGCGGCGCUCGCGGAGUGCACCCGGGAGCGCGGCGGCGCCGGCGCGGGAUCGGACGACGCCAGCCUCAUGGACGCGCUCUUCCCUGCGCGGGCGCCGCCGCCGACGUCGUCGUCUUCCGCGCCGACGACUAGCCGGCGGUGGUCGUCCAUCACGUCCGUCGGCGGGGUCGUCGGGCUCCUGGACCUGUACGGGUGCAAGAGCGCCAUGGGCAUGGGCGGCGUCGUCGCGGAGGGCGCCUUCUUGGUGCGCCGCCCGGUGGCGGUGGUCCGCGCGGGCCCGGGCCGGGCCGGGCGCAGAUGAGGAGGGCCCAUGGUGAUGGGUCGCAUCGAUCCAUGAUCCAUCAGGGACGGGCUCGGUUAUUAAUUAUAGGUAAAUAAAUAAAUAAAUCGAUCAUUGUGAAAAAUGUUGGGAUCGAAAAUGAGGUGCAACCUUUUUCCUUUUUUCAGUUUUUAUAUUUUUGUGUUUAUUUUUUAUUUGGAGCUUUUUUGAGUGGAUGAGAUGGGUACCAAUAUAUGAAUGUUUGGCGUAACCAUCCUCGAAAUGAUCGAUGUCGAUGUAGAUUGCUAUAUGGUAGUAUAUGAUGUUGAUGGUACAAUAUAAUAUACGGAUAAUAAUGCAGCAUAUUAUAUUGA